GAGACGACGAGCAAAGAGGAAUCGAUCAGAAAGCAAGUUUGACGGCAAUGCCGCUUUCACCGUCGGCGGUUUUCAUGCCUUCACAGACAACUACGCAAGCGCCUAACUACGAAAGCAAGUUUGUCCUCUCUAAUCUUCUUCGCUAUGUUACAAACUAUUUCUGUAAAACUCUGACUGCUACUGAUACAAGCACUCAUGGAGAUUUCUCUGUGCCUCGCCGACCUACUGAGAAAGUUUCCCCUCCCUUGGAUUACUCUCACAAGCUUCCAGCUCGAGAGGUAAUGGUGAGGGAUCUGCACGAUAACAAGUGGAAAUUCUGGCAUAUUUUCCGAGGCCAACCAAAGGGACACCUCCUUAAUACAUGUUGGAGCGUGUUUGUGAAUACUAAAAGGCUUGUCACUGGUGAUUCUGUGCAUUUCAUCUGGAACGAUAAGAAUCAGUUACUUCUUGGUAUAAGACGAGCCAGCCGGCCACAAACUGUCAUGCUUUCAUCUGUUUUGUUAACUGACACUCAUGUAGCUGCUACAAACAGCCGAUUCACCAUCUCCUAUAACCCGAGAUACGGUUUUGAGAUCCCAUAUGAAUGCACAUUCGUGUUGGCGAGUCCAUCAGAGUUUGUAAUACCUCUAGCUAAGUACGUGAAAGCGGUUUAUCACACUUGUGUCUCUGUUGCUGAAUGUCCUAAAGAAUCUUUAUUUAAUGUCAAGUACAUGGAUACAAUAACUGGCAUUUGUGAUCUGGAUCCUACUCCUUCGACUAACUCUCAUUGGUGGUCUGUUGGAUCGGAUAAGUUGACUGGAGGAGAGAGGCAACCAAGGGUCUCCUUGUGGCAGAUUGAGCCUUUAACAACAUUCCCAAUGUAUCCUUCUCCUUUUCCUCUCAGGCUGAAACGUCCAUUGCUUCCUGGUCUCCCAUCGUUCCAUGGUCUUAAAGAAGAAGAUAUGCGUAUUGGUAUGAGCUCGCCGCUUAUGUUUGUGUUGUUGUCUCUGCUUUCUCCAUGGAUGAGAGUUUCAACUUUGGAAGCUUUGCGGGAAUGGCGUAGAUGUUUGGAGGACUCUAUUUCGUUCUUAGAACAGAGUUUGAUCUUGAAAAGCCUCCCUUGCAUUAAAAGCCUUCUUUUCUUAAUGUUCAUGUGAAUAUAUUUUAGGUUUAAAGAAAGUAAGAUCAGAUUUACAACAGAUAAAAGAACCAUAUAGAAUAGAUGUAUCCCGUCUUACUAUGUAUACGGUAGUAUAUGUGUGUUUGUGAUAUAAAAAUAGCUGGUCAUAAAAAAGAUCCCAUAGAGGUGAAGGGAAAAAAAAAACCUAAACGAGUUAUUUAAUAAAUAUUUUUAUAUUAUCAUCGACAA